GGUGCCUAAAGUGGACUAUUUUGACUUCUCCAAACUGGAUCCACUCGACCAACGUUGCUUCAUCCAAGCCGCUGACCUCCUCAUGGCCGACUUCAAAAUGCUGAGCAGCCAAGACAUCAAGUGGGCACUCCACGAACUCAAGGGACACUAUGCAAUCACACGAAAGGCCUUUUCCGAUGCCAUCAAAAAAUGGCAAGAGUUAUCUCCCGAAACCAGCGGGAAGCGAAAAAGAAGGAAAGAAAUGAAUCAGUAUUCCUACAUAGACUUCAAAUUUGAGCAGGGUGACACGAAGAUUGAGAAGCGCAUGUUUUUCUUGGAGAACAAGAGGCGCCACUGGAGGAGUUACGACCAGCUCUCCCUCCUGCCCCCCGUGCAGCUGGAGAGGGAGUUUUACGAACAGAAGAUCAAAGAGAUGGCAGAGCAUGCGGAUUUCCUUCUUGCCCUGCAGAUGAAUGAGGAGCAGUAUCAAAAAGAUGGCCAGCUGAUCGAAUGCCGCUGCUGCUACGGGGAAUUUGCCUUCGAAGAGCUGACCCAGUGUGCCGACGGACACCUGUUCUGCAAGGAAUGCUUAAUCAAAUACGCACAGGAGGCCGUUUUUGGCUCUGGGAAGUCGGAGCUCAGCUGCAUGGAAGGGAGCUGCACCUGUUCAUUCCCCACCACCGAACUGGAGAAAGUGCUUCCUGAGAACAUCCUCUGUAAAUACUACGAGAGGAAAGCCGAGGAGGAAGUAGCGGCUGCUUGCGCAGAUGAACUUGUCAGGUGUCCCUUUUGCAACUUCCCGGCUCUCCUGGACAAGGAGGUGAAGCGGUUCAGCUGUCCAAAUCCGUGCUGCAGGAAGGUAGGUGACACCUGUUUAUGACAACAAGGGGCUGGUUGCCUAGCAGAACACACCAGGGGAGAGUUCUGGCUGUUUCCUCUCACCCUUCAAUUAGACACGGCUUGAGGUUCCAGGAAGGAGCUUAACCCCUCAA